CCUCCUUAUGGGCAGCAUAUUCAGGAACACUUGCUAAAUAAAUAGGUCUGGAAGGAGAGAGGAAAUUUGGGGACCUAGCAACAGAGGGCAAGAGCCUUGAACUGGGAUAUUUUUCUAGCUUACACUUCACUCUGAGCCAAAGAAUUCAAGAUGACUAACACCAGUCACCUUUUUCACAUGAGCAUUACAGCUUCUGAAAACCAUUUAUUUAUUUAUUGCUUUUAUGCCACAUCUUUCCACUAAAAAUAGUGUUUGUGAUAGUUUAUAAACUCCUUAGAAUUAAAAAAAAAUGAUAAAAUGCAAUUUUAAAAAUCAUAAAAUCAGCUAACCAACUCCACCAUAAAAACAGUUACAUGAAGUCCAUGACACAGUAUAGGUUUCACUAGCACUAAACACAAAAGAUGGCCUUGUGUUAGCAGUGAAAGGGACAGAACUAUCAGAACUAUUGGAGACCUUUAAAGUAACAAGCAUUUAAAGUAUGUUUUACUGCUGGUAAAUUGAACUUUUAAAUUGAACAAGUGGAGCCAUUGGUUCAUUGCAAGUAUAAUUAAUACACACAGGUUAUAUCUGAAGUUACUGUAUAGGAUGUUAGUAUACAACAGAGAUAGGGAACUGAAAUGGGAUUCUUACUAAGUAAGAUGGGGAACCUUUACCUAAGAUGCAUCAGCUUUUAGAAGGAGAAGCUCUAAUUUAUCAUUAUUCUUAACAGUUAUUCAUCGUAAUGUUACAGAUUAAUUGAAAGUAUACCCCCUCUCCACCCCCACCAGUAAUGGCUUAAUUGUUCGCCUCUCUCCUUUUCCACUUCCACCACACACUUGACUUCCUUUACAGUACUGUCUCUAUAUGACCAGAGAAUCGUGGGCAGCGUCGCGGGUAGUCUGGGACUUGUAGUCCAGGCCCUCUUCCCUCCUUCCCAACCUCCCCUUCCCUUAGCGAAGCGGACGGCCUCGUGUUUAUGUGGCAUUUACACGCGGAAGAAACCACGGACUACAUUUCCCAGAAGGCCAAGAGAGGGCGAGAGUGUGAGGGGCGGGGGAGACACCCCCUUGGAGGGAAGCGGGCCCUUGCGCCUUCUCUGAGGUGAUUUCACCUUAGCGCGGCGCGUGUGCCGCGGUCUCUUUUUUCCUGCGCCUUGGAGCUGAGGGCCAGGGUGAGGCAGGGCGAGGCGAGGCGGGGCGGGGCAGGGGCCGGAGCAAGGGGAAGCGGGAACGAAAGGGGAAGAGCAAGCACCCGGUGCCGCAAGAGGCGGCGGUUCCUGUUGCUGCCGCUUGGGGGUUGUCAGAAGACAUUCGCAUCGCUGGCUGCUGCCGCCUGCUGCUCUUGAGGGAAGCGGCUUGGGAGAGGGCGAGCGCCGAAGUCGACCUCCGAUGCCGCUGGGCUGACGGGAGAGAAGGACGAGAAGCGGGGGCUGGGGAGGGGUAGCGUGGAAAGGUUCAAAGGGAACGAACAAAGGCUGCCCGCGGCUUCCUCUUGAGGCGAGGCGGCGGAGGCACCCGGCGCGACUGGGGCGGUCGCCUUUCCUUCCUUCCUUCUUUCCUCCUUUCGUUCCCGGCGGAGAGGAGCCCUGCGAGGCGGGCGCGGAGGAGGGGGAGGAGGACGAGAAGCAGAGUUACUUUCCGCCGAGCGCCUGCCUGUGACCAUGAAACCGAAAGGCAAGCCCCGCGGAGGCGGAGGCGGGCACUCCCUUCGCGGCCACGGGUCUGAGUGAACCUGGGGUGACCUUCCCCCCUGACCCAGCUUCUCGCAGGGGCUGUCCGGACAGAAAGGCUCCUUUCCCUCCGACCUGGGCAUUAAGAAACCGUCCCUCCGUCGUCGUCCCCCCGCCGCCGCCGCCUUCCCUGCGCCGCUAGAGAAACGGCGGGAGCGGAGCAGAAACGGGGGGAGUGCUGCUGCGCUUGACGGCGACGCUUCUGCCGACGUCUGCCUGCCUGCCUGCCUGCGGGUUGCUCUUCCUCUCUGGGCCGUCGCCGUCUUCUGCUUUUUGAACGGGGGCGCGUUGACAGCGGAAAGCGAGAGAAGGGGGGGGCUGGGGCUGAGGAGAUCGUCCUUCUGAUCCAGGCGGUGUCUCUCUUCCACACGUUACGCGUUGGCGAUGAAAAGGAAAAGGUGGCAGCUUCUGCUGAGACUGGCGGCCGGGGAUAAGCCUAGAUAGAUAAGGCGGCCGGGAAAAAAAAAUCCAAGCGCUGCCGUCUGCUUUCGUCGACGUUUUUGAUUCUGACUUCAGGGGGAAAGGACCGCUUGAAGGGAGCUGGUGCGGCGCAGCUUUGCUGGGGUCCGCCUAUUUGGAGGAAAGGAGGUGGGAUGCCAGCCGAUACCUUCUGGACUGGAAAAAGCAUCCCCGGUACCUUGGACUUCUGACCGACUUGGACUUCUGCCUGGCUCUCAGCCGGAAUGAGUUGCCUAGAGCAACUCCCUUAUUUGCUUAUUUAAAGUUGCAAAAGUUAAAUCGAUAAGAGGAAGAGAAAAGAAGAAAAGGGUAGAAUUUAAGACAAGAGUAGUGUGAAACAGUCUCCUUGCAUCUUCCCCCUCCUAAACAAUUUUUCUGAAAGAGAGUAAAGAGGAUAUUUAUCACCAUAUGAAAAUGAAAUCUUUUUCCAGAGAUGGAUAUUGAUCACAUUUUUUUCAUGCAUGGAAAGCCUUUCCUCCCCUAGUGAGAGAAAAUUGAAAUCUGUGUUGUCAUUUCAGGACAGCAAAGGAGAGGGGAGAAGGAUAAAAGAACAACUCAUAAUGAAUUACAGAAUCUUCCCAAAAAAUGGAUAUUAUGUAUUGUUUCUCAGCUGCUGAACUUGGAUCUGGGUCAUUUAUGUGUUUGGAAAAAUACAUAGGAAUUACAAUUUUUUUAAAAAAUUAUGUUCUGUAUAAAAGUACUUAGCAAGCCUGUGUGACAGGGAAUUUCGUCACUUACAACAUUUGUUGCCUCAAAUCUUGACAUCUUUGAAGAUGUGGAUAUGAAAUACCUGUAAAAGUUGAGCAGCUUGUUAGAAGGCAGCAUGCUUAAGCAUCAUUUUUCAGUUUUGUAAUUAAUUGACAGCUGAUUUAUAUUUUAGCUUUUCUAGUUUCUGUUUUAUUGUACAAAUGUGUACAUAUAAAGAACUCUUUUGGAUGUUUUUUUAUUAACGUAAAAAUGGGAAAGUCUGCACUGCUUCUGGAGUAACAGCUUUGGGGUCUCAGCAGUUAACUGGAUAUUUUAUAAUGCCCUACUAAACGUAUUUUAAGCAGUAACUUCUCGGAAACCUCUGAGCCAAGGAUUAUUGGCAGGGGCAUCCCCCCCCCUUUAUUCUCCCUUCAUGACUCCUGGCAGUGGUGAAGGUGGACCCAUGAAAGACUGUGAAUACAGUCAGAUCAGUACUCACAGCUCUUCUUCUCCCAUGGAGUCUCCCCAUAAGAAGAAAACAGCUUUGAAGAGAAAAUGGAAGGUUUUUCCUGGAAGAAACAAAUUCUUUUGCAAUGGAAGAAUCAUGAUGGCACGCCAGACUGGAGUCUUUUACUUGACACUUGUUCUUAUCUUGGUUACUAGUGGACUCUUCUUUGCAUUUGACUGUCCAUAUUUGUCAGUUCAGAUUACACCUGCUAUUCCUGCAGUAGGAGCGAUUCUGUUCCUUUUUGUCAUGGGGACCUUGCUUCGUACAAGCUUCAGCGACCCUGGAGUUCUGCCUCGUGCAACACCAGAUGAAGCAGCAGAUCUGGAAAGACAAAUAGAAAUUGCAAAUGGCUCCAGUUCAGGAGGUUAUCGUCCACCUCCUAGAACAAAAGAAGUAGUCAUCAAUGGGCAGACAGUGAAAUUAAAAUACUGUUUCACCUGCAAGAUUUUUCGUCCACCCCGUGCCUCACAUUGCAGCCUUUGUGAUAACUGUGUAGAACGAUUUGAUCAUCAUUGUCCCUGGGUAGGCAACUGUGUGGGGAAAAGAAACUACAGAUUUUUUUAUAUGUUUAUUUUAUCUCUGUCCUUUCUGACAGUCUUUAUAUUUGCAUUCGUUAUCACACACGUCAUCCAUCGAUCUCAGCAAACAGGGUUCUUAAAUGCCCUCAAGGACAGUCCUGCAAGUGUGCUAGAAGCUGUGGUCUGUUUCUUCUCCGUUUGGUCCAUUGUGGGGCUCUCAGGUUUUCAUACUUAUUUGAUAAGUUCCAACCAAACAACAAAUGAGGAUAUCAAAGGAUCUUGGUCAAAUAAAAGAGGUAAAGAGAACUUCAAUCCAUAUAGCCAUGGAAACAUUUUCACUAACUGUUGUUCUGCACUUUGUGGGCCACUUUCUCCCAGCUUAAUUGAUAGAAGAGGAUUUAUACAGCCAGAUACACCACAGCCGACAGCUCCUUCAAAUGGCAUUACAAUGUAUGGGGCCACACAGUUUCAGAGUAAUAUGUGUGACCAAGAUCAGUGCAUUCAGAGCACUAAAUUCGUUUUACAGGCUGCUGCCACACCUCUUCUCCAGAGCGAACCCAGCAUAAAUAGUGAAGAACUUUCUUUAUCAGGAAAGACCUCUAUCAGUGCUCCUUGUGCUUCAUUAACACUAGGGCAGCCAACACCACCUUCCUCAAUGCCAAAUCUCACAUCAGAAACAGCUCUGGCAGACAUGAUACCAUUACAGGAAGACCCUGAAUGUCAUCAGUUUCUUACUCCUGAAGAAGCUCCAUCACCACCUCGGAUGUUGCCAUUUGGGAGUCCUAUGACCUACAGCCGUACCAUGCAUAUCCUCAGUCUAGCCAGCCAAGACUCACUGCAUGAAGACUCAAUACGCGGCCUUGUAAAACUUAGCUCAGUUUGAGAAAUGUUAAAUGUGACAGUGUUUAUUAAACCACUGAUUUACCAAUAACAAAAAAAUUGCAAUGCCACUUUUGGACUCUGUGAGGUAUGUAAGUCACUAAAAUGUUGCUAUGUAAUAAAGUCUACUAAAAGGAGAAAUAUUUUUGUGGAGUGGAAUUACAGUGUUCUGUAGCCAAGUUGUUGGUGGCUUGGAUUUAGUGGUAAUAUUUAUUUAAGUAACAGAAAUAUAUGUUACACUUACUUGGUGACUAAUGCCAUCUGGCAGCUUGGAAUCUUGGAACUACAAAGUUAAUUAUUACAGUACCUAAAAAUAUUACUGGAAGUAAGCAUCAUAUGCCAUGUUUUAUAAAGUUCUUUGUGUAAUAUGGCAUUUGUAGCCAAAUGGACCACCCUUUUCUUGUUCCUGUGCUACAGAUAUUUGAAACUGAAACUUGCCAUUAAGUUAGCAUAAAACUGGUAAGGUUUGCAAUUGUGGAUUUGCAUGCCACGCUACAGUGUAUGUUACAGUAGUGUUGGUAAUGACAGAAAGUGCUGCUUUAUUAUUGUGAGUUCCAAGUGCUGUUUCAUGUAAGCAACAGUACAGCAAACUAAUGACAAGUGGUUUUUUUAAAAUCGGUUUGCUCAAGGUGGUUACAAAUAAAUGAAUUGGUAGUACUUCAAAUGUGUAGGGCUACCAAUUUUUGCAUAUCACUUCACUUUGAAUUCUAAAAUAACAUAAUUGCAUUGUGCCAUACCAUAUAUUUCUCUCUUCCUUCAUCUCCAUAUGGGAUCACAUUAAAUGUGGUCAUCCACGAUUUCUUUGAAAAAGUGUAUUGUUAGAUCCAUACAGCAAAAUAGCUGGUGAUACAAUUAAGAAACCCAAAGGGAUACCUAAAACUCAAUAAUGCAUUUUUUUAACAAUAUGCAUGAUUUUAUAUCUCACUAAUCUAAUCUUAGGGCACAAUUUGCCUAUACGUGACCUGAGUGUAGCUUGUGGAUUGAAUUCUGAAGUCCCUUUUAGUCACAGAAAGGACUUUGAUCCAACUCCUGCAAAGAGAAAGUAGGUGCUGUCACUGAUAUUUCCCUACAGCCUCUGAAAACCUGUUUUAGAAGAGUUUAGAGCCCUCCAGAACAGUGUGGAGGUAGAGGGACUUGGGUAAUGGGCAAAAUAUGACCUUCCCAUGUCUUCUAAUUGCAAGAAUCACUGCCAGAUCAGCAGCCUUUGCAAUUGCAGAAGGCUGAUUUGGAGCCAUCCAAGUAUCUCCUUUUGAAAGCCAUAGCCAGGUUACCAAAAGUAAUUUCCCAAGUAGGAGAUUUUCAAGGUAAGGAUGUCAAGGUUCUAGGCUUUGGCAAAGAAAGAUAUGUCACUGAAAUGUAAUAUAUGUGAUCAAGAACUGCCAUCCUGAUAGGAUCAUCCUCAAUUAUAUAUUUCCCUUUUAAUUUAAACUUUAUUUAUUUAUGGCAGAAAAUUAUUUGAUGGUUUUAAUUUGAGGUUAGGAUAAAUUAGUUUUGACUUUACAGAUUCCCCUCAGGGAGUAGCCUGAAACAACAUACAACAAGAAUUCAAAUGCUUUUAUAUUGCUGCAUCUUGCUUUGCUUUUUAAGAUGCUAGGACCUGCAAUAAUCUUUUCUCAGGACAACAAUGCAAAGUACUUUUUAAAAAGUAUCAAUGCAGGCAACUGCUUUUAAAAAUUAGGUUUAUGAAGGCACUGAAUUUAUUGCAUUUCUGAGAGCAUGAAAAAAUAACAUUAAAAGAAAAUUAAAAGCACAAUGUUUUAAUUGGAUUAAGGCCAUCUCUUACAGAAGUGCCAGAUUAUAUACUGGCAAAAAACCUCACACUGUGUAUAAUUUUAUACAAGAUAUUAUUUUUCUCUGAGCAGUGACACGGACUCCAACUUUAUUUGCAUGUAUAGAAAAUAAUAGUUUUUUUAAAUAUGUACUGGUUCCAAAUUGUUUCCAUUUUGCAGAAAGCUAUGCAUGGUCUGCAGUUAUCUGAUUGUGAGCCAUUAAAAUGUAAUGGUCUUGAGCCAUUAAAACGUUUACAACCUUUCAUAUAAAGGGAUAUUGCCUCUUUUUCUUUGUGACCUCUUAUAAUUUCUUUAAAAUCCUGCAUACACUAUUUCUUUCAGAGCGUGUGUAUUCCUAAGAAAAAGAAAAAACCUACUUUUUAGGUGAAUUUUCUUGGUUUAAAGUUUGAUUACUGUGCUAGCAGGCAUUAGAAAAUCCUAAAGAGCUGUUAAGUAACAAUGUAACAGCAAUAAGCACACCAAGAAUUUUUCAGUGCAGAGGAAUGAGGUUGACUCUUUGUAAAAACCCCUGAUAACAUAUUUUGCUGUCUCCCUACAACAGUCAACACAAAUCAGAGGCAACCAUCCUAAAUCAGGUUUUCAAGUGAGUGAGCUAAUGAUCUUCUAAAGUGCAGUAACACAUAAUAAAUAUUUAACACAGCAUAUCCUGGAUUUUGGGUGCAGGGGGGGAGGAUUUUGAUUUCUGGCUAUCCUACCUUACUCUGCUAAAUCCUUCAAUUUGCUACAGUGUACUAAAGUGAUACUUCCUAUUGGUGAGGAAGAGAGUAACAAGUAUGUGCCAUUUGGCAUAUUUCGUUAAAACAGGAAUUUAGCCAUUUCUGACAGGAGAAGGAGAAGGUCCAUAUAGGCAAUUACAUUGGAUUAUUUUAAAAGACUAUUUAAUUAGCUUAAUGUUUAAUAAAACACAUCUUAAUGUUUUACUAACUCUGAAGACACAGGAACACAGAGUUGCUGUUCCCUACAGUGCAGAAAAUUCAAGAAUAAUAAAAUAUUUUACUCUGCAGUAAUGACUUCAUAGCUCUGAAGCUUAAGCAAAUGAGAAGUAUUUAAAAAUUGGUUGUUGUGGGGUUUUUGGGCUCUUUGGCCAUGUUCUGAGGGUUGUUCUUCCUAACAUUUCACCAGUCUCUGUGGCCGGCAUCUUCAGAGGACAGCACUCUGUGCUCUGGUUUAAAAAUUCAUCUGCUUACAUUUUCAGAUAAUUUUUUUAAUAGUUUCUAGAUACUGCUGUCAUUAGGAAAUAGCAAUAUGGUGUAUGUCCAUUAAACAGUUCUGGUAGUAUUUUUAAUGUGGCAAGAGUUCAGAAUUUUGUCAUGCAGUUAUUUAUAAGCAUCCCCCCCCCCCCCCCCCGUUAAAGCUUUAAAAUGCUGCAUUGCUACAUUAGGAUAUCUUCUUUGGUUUACUUUGCACUUGAGGGAAAUAAAAUGUUUGAUGACAGAAAAAGUACUGUGAAUACCUAUUUUAGAACAAAUA